AGCGUCUUCGAUACAAAGAUAAUGAAGCAUGAGGAGGAGUACUUCAAACUAGAAAAAGAAGAGGAGUACUUCGACUGGGGAUUGGAACAGAUCUUUGACCAACACAUAGCCGACCCUCAACACCCCCUGCUACCCCCCGACCACCCCCCACUACAAACAAGUGCUGAAUUAUACCGUCCAUUUGAUCGGCUUCCAGAGCCACAUCAAACCUCCAAUUACUGGACACCCCAACGUCCACUCCACCAACCUCCACAUCAAUCGGUUUACACGACGGUGCCGGUAGAUAUCCAUCGUGAGCUGGUACCGUUUAUAACGGUACCGCCGCCGCCGGGGCCCAUGUCGUCACACGGAUCGAUGCCGGCCCCAGCCUCAGCACCUUCGUCGAUUUCCCACCCCAGUGGCUACACGGGCUUUGCAUACCCCGGCCUCACCUCGAUGGUGAAUGCCAACAGUGAUAUGGUGAUGCCCAAGGUAGAGGCACAGUUUGUGGACCGAACCACUUGUACAGUGUGUGGAAAGCGCAUCACCAGAGAUAUGGGUAGGCACAUGCGGACACACCACCCGGAUCCACGAUUCAAGUGCAUAUUCCCCAGAGAAGAAUGUGAUCACAAGCUGCAGAGAUUUAACCGGCCUUAUGAUUUCAAAAAGCACUUGAUGAAUAAACAUUUUCACUUCGAUAACUCGCUGGUGAAAAAAUCUCACAACUUACUGAACAAGCUUAAUCAGUGGGGAAACUGUGCUUGUGGUAAGAGAUUUUUGUCCAACGAGUGGCUAGACCACCACAUCCUCACCAAGGACGCAUCGGAGCUUUGUUCGUUGUUACGACGUCCAUGAAGGUAUUUUUUAAAUUUUUAGGGUCUUGUAUAGUGUAGAAUCAACAAUUGUAUGGU